AUGAAGCUGAACGAGAGAAGUGUGGCCCACUACGCACUGAGCGACUCUCCCGCAGAUCACACAGGCUUCCUGCGCACUUGGGGAGGCGCAGGGAUGCCACCCACCCCCAGUGGCGCUGGCCGAAGGUGCUGGUUUGUCCUCAAGGGCAACCUUCUGUUCUCCUUUGAGAGUCGAGAGGGCCGGGCCCCUCUGAGCCUGGUGGUGCUGGAGGGCUGCACGGUGGAGCUGGCUGAGGCUCCCGUGCCUGAAGAGUUUGCCUUCGCCAUCCGCUUCGACGCUCCUGGGGUGCGCCCACACCUGCUCGCGGCAGAUGGGCCGGCGGCUCAGGAGGCCUGGGUGAAGGCGCUGUCUCGGGCAAGCUUUGGCUACAUGCGCCUGGUGGUGCGCGAGCUGGAGAGCCAGUUGCGUGAAGCCCGCCACAGCCUGGACCUGCACCGCCGUUCAUCCUGGAAGGCCGUUUCCAGCCGCUGCAAGCCCCAGGCUCCUGACCGCUGGUCUCCUGGCCUGGAGAACGGCCACUCCCUCUCCAGAGAUUGCAGCCCAAUGGGCUUGGUGGAAGAAGGGGGCAGCCGGCCAGCAGGGCGGGGCUUGGCCGAGUGGGAGCUGCAGGGCCCUGCCAGCCUCCUCCUAGGCAGGGGGCAGAGCCCCGUGUCCCCUGAGACCUCCUGCUUCUCUACCCUGCAUGAGUGGUACGGCCGGGAGAUUAUGGAGCUGAGGCGGGCCUGGCUGCAGAGGGCCCAGGAGAACCCGCCAGAAUGCGAGGACCGGGACAGACCCUGA